AUGUUUCCAUCGAGCCUCCCAUACACCCUUGUGCGCGAUUUCGCCUAUCCGGUUGUGCAGUCCAUGCACUAUGGACCCCUUCCCGAGCCUUCCCAUCCCGCCUCCGGUCUGAGCACGCCCAUGAGCGAAUCUCGACGACUCUCGGACCCGCCCGCUACCUGGGACUCCAAGAUGAGCUGGGAGACAGGUGGCUGGCAGCCCGAUGGUUUUGGUCGUGGCAACGACUUGCCUCCGAUACAAUUCGGUGAUGGUCCACCCUGGAGCGAAGAUGAAGACCUGCAGAGCCCUGUUGUGAGCUCACGGCAUCGCAAGCACAAGUCCUCGCAUGCUGCCCUUGGCCAUGGGCGCCAUAACGGCGGUGCUUCCAUGGCGAACCCUGCCAACUAUGACAGAGAGCGGGGUUAUUUCAUGGGCACAGCUGGUGAUGGUAGCGAGCGUUACUACGUGAAUCAGGGGGGCGAAGCCAACGGCCCUGGCGGCGAGUAUGUCACCUACUCUGCUGCACAGGCACGGCACUCUCGCCACUCAUAUCAGAUAGGCGAGCAGCCACCGCGACAGUAUCUUGACCAUGGGGGACCAAGGUCUGAGUCGGAUGCCUCAAGCUCUGCGUCUUCGCCUGGUUUCCGUGAAGAAGAUCAGUCCCGGUACUCCAGAGACUACCAAUUUACCAUCACGUCACCGGACGAGGAGAUGCACGGCAAAGCUGUAGCCUUGUUUGACUUUGAACGGGAGAAUGAAAAUGAACUGCCGCUGGUGGAGGGCCAGAUCAUUUGGGUGUCAUACCGCCAUGGCCAGGGUUGGCUGGUAGCCGAGGACCCCAAGACCAGAGAAAGUGGACUUGUUCCGGAGGAGUAUGUGCGUCUUCUGCGAGAUAUUGAAGGUGGGAUGAACAGUCUGACCGGCAACCUUGGAGAGGGACCUGUAUCGCCUCACGACUCAGGCACACCGACGCAAGCAGAUCACACCACCACAUACGAACAGCAACAGCCUCCCGCGACCACGACCACUGCGCCAGCCAACGGAUAUCAUCAACCCGUCGUUUCGACCUUCUCAACGUCGAGCAAAGACCUCGACCCAUACCCUACGCAGCAACUCGGAAUUCAAGCGGGACAACCACCGCCGCAAGUCGUACACUAUCAUGGGCAACGAGGUGGAAGCCAGGCAAAUACUCCCACGCUUUCGUCGCAUCAGGACACGGGAGCCAUGCGCCGCGGUAGCCAGGACCCUGGUACCAAGACGAACGAUCCCCAGUUUACGCCUGUUGUUGAGAUUGUCGAGGACAAGACAGUCGACAGCUCGAGCACGCCACAGGUAGUCACAUCAGCAGAAGAGCCUGCGAACGAGAAGGCGGUGGGAGAGGACAGGUGA